AUCGGGUGAUGUGUCGAUGAAGAUCAUAUGACUGAAACAAAAGGAAAACUGUAUUUCAUUCCUGUGGUAAGAGGAAGCUGGAUACCACUAGAAACUUCCCCAGUCCUUAGGAGAGGAAGAAUUCGACUUAGGAAAAUACAGUAAUAAUCACUUUAGAUGCCCUGAAGUUUACUGUGCAGAACGUAGGUUCAUCCGUCCUGCCCACAAAGGAGGCUGAGAGACAAGAAUGAGUGGUUUUUAUUUGCUGGAGAUAUUAACUUGACAUUGUCCCCCUUGCUUGAAAAGCGGUGCUUAAAAUUGAGCCAAGAAGUGAAAAUUAGGUAAGACCAUUUUUAUUUCUGAAGGAAAUGAAAAUUACCCCGAAAGGGGCGCGCGCAUAUAUACACACACUUACCUGGAGCCGGAGACAUACAGAAAAGGAAGACACAGAAAUGGAAGGGAGUUUUAAUGGAAAAAGAAACUGCUGAUGGGAAUGUUCAAAUCUACAACAACGCGGUAAGAAGGGCUCCUGUUAAAGACGCGAUACAAGGGGGAAGGACAAGUCUUUAAUCCCGCCUAACUGGCCGCCCAAACGGAGAAUGCUAUCUUCCCACCGCAUCGGAGAAGACACUUCGAAAAGCACGGCUGAAAGGUGGAGUUAAAACCCGAAGUGUAUUAGUGGGUUUAGGGAACAUUAAACCUCGUAAUUGGCUGUCGGGCCUGCACUCCCGACUCCAGAAAAGCCAGCGCUGCGCGUCCUCUCCAGAGUUCUGGUCACCGCCGGGGUCCGCGCUCGCUGGGCGGCCUUUCCUGCGAGUUUCCCGGGGGAGACGCGCUCGUCCCGGCACCGGGAGCCGGCCGCCCAGCCAGAACGCACGACUGAAACACGACGGUGAGGCGCGACAUCUCGGCAAGCGGGCGGGUGGCCCGCCGGGCACCCCCGCCCGAGAAGGCCGCGCGCCGCCAGACCCCGACCCGGCGGAGGGCACGUGGGGCGGCCGCCUGGGGCCGGGCCCCUCCCGGGCUCGCUCAGGGUAUUACUCAGGCGCCGCCGGACCAGACGGCCCUCCCUCCACAAGGCCGCCCCGCGCGUGCAGAGAAGGCGGAGCCUCGGAAAUCCGCGGCGCGCCCAGGGCCCAGAUAUAAGCGUAUUUCACAGCCUCCGGCUCCGCCUGGGGCGAUGCGCGCUCGCGGCUGGACCAGGCUCCCCCGGAAGAUAUUUUAGCCCGUCUCCCACUCUUCCUGCGCUGGAGACCGCCAGUUCCCGUUCCUCUCCCUUGUGUCAUCUUAUUUUUAAUUAUAAAUCAUGGGAGAUGAAGAUAAAGCAAUUGAACAUGAAGAUUUGACACCAUCCACAGGAAUGGACCACACAGCCUCUACAUAUCAAGAAACACAGGAGGAAGCAGUUAUGAACUCUAAAGGAAUAGAUGCAAAAGAACCAACAGAAGGAAGUAACCUCCUGAAUAGCAGUGAAAAAAAGCUACAAGAAAUACCAACUGAAUCAAAUAAUUUGCGAAGACUAGGACAAACAUUUGCUUGCCCUCCACAUGGCUUGCUGGCUAGAGGGAUAACAAAUGUUACCAUGGUUGUUCUUCUGUGGGCUGUAGUUUGGUCAAUUACUACCAGCGAAUGUCUUCCUGGAGGAAACCUAUUUGGAAUUAUAAUCCUAUUCUAUUGUGCCAUCAUUGGAGGUAAACUUUUGGGGCUCAUUAAGUUACCAACAUUACCUCCACUGCCUCCUCUUCUAGGCAUGCUUCUUGCUGGGUUUCUUGUCAGAAAUAUCCCUGUCAUCAGUGAUAAUGUACAGAUCAAGCAUAAGUGGUCGUCCUCUUUGAGAAGCAUAGCCCUGUCUAUCAUAUUGGUUCGUGCUGGCCUUGGGCUUGAUUCAAAGGCCCUGAAGAAGUUGAAAGGUGUUUGUAUAAGACUGUCCAUGGGUCCUUGUCUUGUGGAGGCAUGCACAUCUGCACUUCUGGCCCACUUUCUAAUGGGCUUACCAUGGCAAUGGGGAUUUAUCCUGGGUUUUGUUUUAGGUGCUGUAUCUCCAGCUGUCGUAGUGCCUUCAAUGCUCCUUUUGCAGGAAGGGGGCUAUGGAGUUGAAAAAGGCGUCCCAACCUUACUUAUGGCUGCUGGCAGCUUCGAUGAUAUACUGGCUAUCACUGGCUUCAACACAUGCUUGGGCAUGGCCUUUUCUACAGGCUCCACAAUUUUUAAUGUUCUCAGAGGAAUUUUAGAGGUGGUAAUUGGUAUGGCAACUGGAUCUCUUCUUGGAUUUUUUAUUCAGUACUUUCCAAGCAGUGACCAGGACAAACUUGUGUGGAAGAGAGCAUUCAUUGUUUUGGGGCUGUCCAUACUAGCUGUGUUCAGCAGCGUGUAUUUUGGUUUCCCUGGGUCAGGAGGAUUGUGCACACUGGUCAUGUCCUUCCUUGCAGGUUUGAGAUGGGCCGGUGAAAAGGCAGAUGUUGAAAAAAUUAUUGCAGUUGCCUGGUACAUCUUUCAGCCCCUUCUGUUUGGACUGAUUGGAGCAGAAGUAUCUAUCGCAUCUCUCAGACCAGAAACUGUAGGCCUUUGUAUUGCCAUCCUUGGCACUGCAGUACUGAUACGAGUUUUGACUACAUUUCUGAUGGUGUGUUUUGCUGGUUUUAACAUAAAGGAAAAGAUAUUUAUUUCUUUUGCAUGGCUUCCGAAGGCCACAGUCCAGGCUGCCAUAGGAUCUGUGGCUUUGGACACAGCAAGAUCACAGGGAGAGAAAAAAUUGGAAGAAUAUGGAAUGGAUGUGUUGACAGUGGCAUUUUUGUCCAUCCUCAUCACAGCCCCAAUUGGCAGUCUGCUCAUUGGUUUGCUGGGCCCCAGGCUUCUCCAGAAAGCUGAACAUCAAAAUAAAAAUGAAGAAGUUCAGGAAGAGACUACGAGUUUAGAGGUGAAGAGAGAGAAUGCUGAAUAUAAUGAUUAGAAAGCUGCUACCAGAAGCUAAUUUUAUCAACUACCAGAGGCUACUUUAUCUAGAUGGAUAUUGAGAUAUGUAAUGUUUAAACCUUAAAUGUAAUAGAAACAAAAGUGUGGCUAUUUCUUUAAAGACCAUUUUCAGCCAUUAUCCUUUCCAUUUGUAUGGUAAUAUUCUACAACUCCAACCUGA